GCACAACGAUUACUAGCAGCAUGAGGAUCAAGGAUAAGCACAGAUACAACUUUGUGCUUGUUGGAGCUGUGAAGAGAUGAUUUUGGGGCCCCUUUUUUCUGGCUGGCACUGCUCCCAAGAUCUCGGCCAUCCGGCUGGCUCUGCAGAACUUUGACAUGAACUACAGCGUGCAGUUUGGCAGCCUGUGGCCCUCGAUCCGCGUCAGCCUCCUCUCGGAACAGAAAUACGGCGCGCUUGUCAACAAUUUCUCUGACGCCGACAGGGUCAGCCGAGAGCUGAAACUUCUAAAUGCUGUGGAUUUUGUUUAUGAAUCUCAGAAAGCAGCUCAGCAUGUGCACGGGGAUUCGCCUGUAGAACGAGUGAGGGGUGAGGAAACAGCACCCCAAGAAACCCACAGAGAACAGUUGUCUGUGGAACAAACACAGGUGCCAUCAUCGCUUUCUGCGUCCAUCAGCCCCAACAUCAAGUGUUACACAUUCUCCAAAGGAGACAUCAGUCGGUUUCCUCCGGCAAGACCAGACGCUUUAGGAACCCUUGGCUACUAUCUGCUGGAUGCCGCAUCGCUCUUGCCUGUCUUGGCUCUCAAUGUGCAGCCUGGUGACUUAAUCCUUGACCUCUGUGCAGCACCUGGUGGCAAGACGCUGGCUCUUCUGCAGACAGGAUGUUGCCGGCACCUGGCUGCCAACGAUAUCUCUGCUUCCCGCAGUAACAGGCUGCGCAGAGUUCUCUGUAGCUACGUUCCUAAAGACAUCAGCGCUGAUGUGCGCAUCACAUCCUGGGAUGGAAGGAAGUGGGGGGAACUGGAAGGGGACACUUACAAUAGGGUGCUUGUGGAUGUGCCGUGCACGACUGAUAGACAUUCCGUCAUGGAAGAGGACAACAACAUUUUCAGUCGAAUGAGACUGAAGGAGCGUCAGAUGUUGCCGAUGCUGCAGAUGCAGCUGCUUCUCGCUGGACUCCUCGCUGCCAGACCGGGAGGGGAAGUGGUGUACUCCACGUGCUCCCUGUCUCAGCUGCAGAACGAGUACGUUGUUGAGAGAGCUGUUGAGGUAGCAGAAACCGAAUACAACAUCAGUGUCCACGUUGAAGACUUAAGCUAUUUCAGGAGACUCUUCCAGGACACAUUUUCUUUCUUUGCAGACUGCAGGCUGGGGGAGCUUGUCCUUCCCCACCUCACGGCAAACUUUGGACCCAUGUACUUCUGCAGAUUACGCCGGGAACAGUAGGGGUGUCGGCUUUUUGACCCCCUCUCCCUGGUGGAGGUGAGAUUGGGCAGUUUGUCUUCAUCCAGCUGCAUCUCUGUUGUGACGUUCUGAAUGGAGGUGAUCUCACUCUUUUCCAGGCUGUAAUGAAAUACCCAGAGGUUCCAGAGAGAGAACUGCUUUGUGAUUCUUUUAAAACACCUGGAGGGACGUCUGCUUCUGUGCUACAAACACUGAGAAUAAAUGAUGCAGACAUGAUAAGA